AUGUUCCACAAGAUGUUGGUCAUCAAGCCUCCAGACAAUGACCCGGAGAAACCUGUACAGGACUGCCUGGAGGAAAUCGACAUAGUGCGUACAGCCCGCCCAGACCUCAAGGAUGUCCUACUGCCAUCAUCAGAUGAGGUGUUGUUCAUGAACAGGACAGCUAUGUUCUGGAAGAAAUUAGGCCCUGCAGUCUGCCAGAAGGCCGUCCAUAAGCACGUCCGUGAUGCCUUGCCUGUGCCCACCUCGAACCCUGUGCACCCCUUCCAGCCCGGGGACUCCGUGUGGCCAGGCGGAGACCACUGCCGCCGCCACCUGUCCUACCUGCUGUCUCCGGCGGCCGGUCAGCCCUGGGCCGUCAGAGGGGGAGCGGGGAGGACCGGGCUAGAGGGGGAGCCGGGGAGGACCGGGCUAGAGGGGGAGCCGGGGAGGACCGGGCUAGAGGGGGAGCCGGGGAGGAGCGGGCUAGAGGGGGAGCCGGGGAGGAGCGGGCUAGAGGGGGAGCCGGGGAGGAGCGGGCUAGAGGGGGAGCCGGGGAGGAAGAGGGAGCCGGGGAGGACCGGGCUAGAGGGGGAGCCGGGGAGGACCGGGUUAGAGGGUGAGCAGGGGAGCACGGUGCUGAGGGUGGAGCAGGGGAGGACCGGGCUAGAGGGGGAGCCGGGGAGGACCGGGCCUGGCAUCGCCUCCUCGUGGUGUGACCUCGAAGCGGGCAGCCUCGGACAGCUGCCCCCGCGAUCCUGUUCCGGGCCUCCGGGCGCCUUGCGCACCUGCUCCUCCAAGGUGGGUCGUGCACCCAUCCGGAUUUGA